ACUUAUUUAUUUCAUUAUGGUUUAGGAUUUUGUCGUUACUCUUUCUCAUCCGGGACCAUAAUAUCAAAUCGUAGCGUUACUAGGAGCGUUGUAGAUCAUGUUAACAACCACAAGGCGACGAGUUUUUGUUUUGGAUUUUAGUUGUGUACGGGUUGACUCCUAUUUUUAGUAUCGGCAAGGAAAAAAGUAAAACAUGGCCGCUAUGGCAACCGCACGACGUGAGGCCAUUCGGCGGGAGCUUCGUGAGCGACGAAACAAGACAGCACAAAACCAGAAGAACCAGCCGGUUGAACAACUGCAAGUUUCGGCUGGUGUUGAUGCUCCACUGAACGCGAUCGAGUUGCAGCAUCUUUUUGGCACCGCAGCUGCUUCGGGGGUGUUACCAAACGGUGAAGACAAUGGUGGAGCAGGACAACAGGCACAACAGCAGGACGUCGAUCGGUAUGACUACAUUGAAAGAAAAAAGUCGGUGAACGUGGUCCCGACACUGGCUACGCCAUCGCGUCAGAAAGAACAAGAGCGCAUAGAAGCUCGCCAGGCAGCCGCAGAUGAGGUGGAGAAGAACGUGCGAGUACUUCAAGGCCCAGCGCUCAAGCGUUAUGAUGCAGCUCCUGACGCGAACGAGGAAAAUAAGUCUCAAGUGGAUACCGCAGCGGAUGCCCAUGAGGGUUUGGCUCAGAAAACCCAUGACCUUUUCCUUCGCCGGGACCGCUACACUUACCAUGACAAAUACAUCGACGCUUUGUCGGCUAUGCAAAGAAAUCAUGUUCAACAAGUGCCACCCUGUGCCUCUGGAAUGCUUGAUGAAUGGUGCAUCUUCGGACGGCUGGAGCUUGAAUCUGGCCCACUUAGCUACGGCUGGCUGACGGAGGCGGCCUUGUGUGCCGGUCUCUGUCGCGACGAAGGACUGACUUGUGCGCUUUUCAAUGAUGCUACUGGUGCCGCAUCCUCAUUCUCGAGGAGUGGCACUAUUAGACCUCACACUUAUUUUCUGUCACGCCGCUUGCUCCAGAGGCAUCCGUUGGGAACGAAUUUGUUUCCUGAGGACAAGAACGAGCAUGAUGAGAGUGGUCCUGAUGCCAGCUCCUCAUCGACAUCGAGGACUCUUGACGAGGCUGGGAUUGCGCCACACCUUCAAGGCAGCAUACAACAUCAUUCGAACAAUUAUGAUGCGAGGAUUGCGGAAUGGAUGGCUCACGUUAGUUCUUCCCUUACUUAUCAUCUGCUCGACGUAGACCUAAACAUGUCACCUGUAUCAUGGUGUGAGUCGUACAUGGACCUCCUGCGCAUCUCACGCGACUACGGGGAAGAAGCGCGCGGCAACUCGGGUCCGGUCGACGACUAUCUACAACACGUUGAUCACGAGCGACGUACUUCAUCUGUCCCUGAAGAAGAUAGAAACAGGGAACUGGCUGAGGGCUGCUCCAGUAGCGACCAUGCUCCAGUACGAGGUGUUGGCUUACCAGACAAACGACCUCACGGUGCGGACGAGGCGAAUGGUGCAGGCGGAGCCACGAAAAGGCGAAAGUUCGAAAAAAAUGAAAAAGCAAGAACAACGCUAGAAGCAGGUGGACGUGGCCAAAAAGACAGUAGAAGGCCGGUUCGUCGUCACUACCGGCGUCUCCAUGCCUUUGAUAUCGGAGAGCAGCAGCGAGAAGCAGAAGCACAGGAGGAGGAACCUGUGACGGGGCUACAUAGUCCCAAUUCAGAGGAUGCUUCGCGACUUCUAACCGCAGAGAUCUUCAUCUGUGACACCAAGGACAUGCAAAUUGUUUUUCGUAGUGACGAGGAGGUCCGCGCUGCACCUACAGACCUGUCAUUUUGGCAACUACUCCAACGACACCGAGUUCCAUUCGAGUGCGCUGCUGCAAUUCGCUACCAAGGUAGCCAUGGACAGUCACACUAUUUCGUCUCAGGGUCUUCAUCGGGGUACGCACACAGCGCGGGGGACAUUCAGAACCUAGCACGAGGAAAUCGCAUGGACGUCAAUCUGACUAUUACAAUUACGACCACGUUCACGAGGACCACCUUCUACUUUUGUUGAUUUCAAAUUCUACUUUGAUAUUCAUCAAGGGGAAAUCACAUUCUCAUUCACCAUGGUCAUCCAAUCAACCUAGGUAGUUGUACGUACCAUUUAUGGUUCUUGAAAUACUAUAUGAUUAAUAUAUGAAAAGGAAAUCUGUUAUCAUUAUCAUACUUUUCUUCUUCAGAAACUUGAUAAUGAUAACAGAUUUUCGUUUCAUCAAAUAGAUUAUUUUCGUUCUAUAGUAAAGAAGUGCCGUGGUGGUGGUUGCGGAGUUUUUAUUGUCCUCUAAGUAGAAAAGUUCCGACACCACGCUGUAUGUAAGAGGAGCCGGCGCUGUUGCAGCUUUCGCUGACGUCUUUCGCAUGAGGUGCUUGUUACAAAUUGUGUUGGAAACAUCAGCCGCUGGACGAUGUUGAAAUAGACAACCAAGGAGAACUAAUGUCAAUAAGUAGCGUGUUGUAGAAUUCGCCAUGGAAAUCUUAGGCAGCCUGCCGAGUAGAUUCACGCCGUCAAGGAGCUUGCUGUAGCGCCAGCGCUAGAGCUGUCAGUAGUUGUUUUUACUUUCACAAUACUCACAGUUGCUCACUUGAAAGAAUGGAUACGCAAGGGGAAAUAUCUUUUGAUGAAGGCCCGUCAUCUAUUAGUUCUUCGAUCCCGAUUUUCUAUUUAAGGUGUCUGAAUCGGAACCGGUAUAAGAAGCAACCCUUACCGAGACUGAUAGCGCAGCAUUCCUUCUUGGGGGGACGCUUGCACCGCUGUACAGCUCAUGUGGCUAGGGAGGAGCGACAUGAGACCACGGACCCCUCAGCUGCAAAACACGCAAGCAACGCAGAUUUCGCACGGACCCGCCUCAAUUUUGAUGGUCACGACAGUGUUGAUGAGAAGCAAUCAGCUUCAGGUGUAGUGACGCUUGUGAAUAAUUAUCUGACGCUGAAAGGCGCACUCUUUCCGCGCCAAAUUGCGCGCUUUCUCAGCCACGCUGCUGCCGCUUCGGAUAACUUCACAGCGACGCUUCUAGCAGGACCCACUGCGCAAGUCUGCGACGCCGUUCUUCAGCGAGUCGCUUAUAGCAAUACCUCUAGAAGUAGGAGCACUAUUGGCAAAACACACGAAAAAGAACCACCCUUCUCACUCUUGUGGCAGGAGGUAGUGAAAGGAAUAGAAUAACAGCAACAGGCCAUGGUCAUCAUGAUGCCGAGUAAUCGCAUCGUCGUGAUUCGCAUUCGAGGAGCACGAACUACAUGUAGAUAAACGUAAGAAGGAACAUGAUCCUUUGUCUUGGUCCCAGGCAUGCGCAUGUGCUCCUUGCUCUGCAAAUGAGCUACUGGAUUGUCAUCAAAAAGUCUACUUUUACUUCAGAUUUAGUUUUACGUCCCUCCAGCUCCACAGAGACAUAUUCUCCUCUGCAAGGAUGUAGAUUAACUGACGCAUUCU